UGCUGGUCAGUCGGCUUUUGGCUUUCGCAAGGUGCAGUCGCGUCGUGAUCGUGAUCGUGAUCCCUAGGAUAUACAAUAUCACACAAAGAGAAACCGAAAACCCGAGGAUCGUUCCGAUUCGUCUGGAACCGUCUACGUUUAAGAAAUCUUAAAUUCUUGGUGGGAAAUGAGCACGUGCUGACCAUGUUGGACCACCGAAAUACGCAAAGGUUUCCCAACACAAUGAGCCGCUUUGUUCUGCCGUUGGUAUUCAGCAUUUUGCUGGUCAGCCAGCCAUCGCCUUCGCAGGCCCAGGAUGAGUCCCUGGCGGGCAGUUUUCUAUCGGGUCUCCUGGAUACCAUUACCAGUACAGCAGAUGCCAAGGAUUGUCCUGGAGUCUGUGUCCACACCUUGGCUACUUUGAUUUGCUACGAAGUUCUAGAAGAUGUCGCCUGUCCUUCGGCCAGCAUGAAGUGCUGCAUUGAAAACGCUCCAGCUGGUAAGAAUGCGACUGCCGUGAGGGCAACAACAACGCCCAAAACGACAACCACUGCUAGCACCACAACCACUCAGAGGACAACCACUACGCCAGCCACAACCAGCACCACAAAGCGCACCACCACCACCACAACUACUCCAAAACCAAAGCCCAAACCGCAGACCAAGCGACCUGCCACUAGUGCCACCACAAAAGCCACGGUGGCCACCACCAAGAAGCCCAGCACCACCAAGAAAGUGGCCACUGCCAAGCCCAAGGACAAGGAGGAGUCCACUAAGGCGGAUGAUGCGAACAAGGACUGCACUGGAGUUUGUGUGGCUGAUCGCAUAGCGGAGUAUUGCGAGGCCUACUUGACCAGCGAUGGAUUGUGUAAGGAGGGAACCAAGUGCUGUGUCUCCCUGGACGAAUACUCCAAUGGCAAGCUGCCAAAGGACAUCUACAUUCCAGCCAAACACAUGAGCAACCUCAAGCCCAAUCAAACUCUCUCCGAGAAGUCUGCUCCCUCGAAGAGUUCCUCCACCACUUCCACAAGUAGCACCACCACCACCACCACCAGCACCACCACAACUCCUGAACCGGCCAGAACCAACAACAAUAGUUCUCCGAAGCCCAGCAAACACAAGAAGCAUCCGACCACGACAACCACAGAGGCUGCCGAGGAGGAAGAGGACCAGGAGAACGACGAGGACGGCGAGGAGGAGGAGCCACCGUUGAGUAACAAACUGAAAUCCGGACAAAAUCAGGGUCAAGUCCUAAAGGAAUGCGAAGGCGAGUGCAUGAAUGGGAUAUUCGCCAUCUUCUGCGAUGACAUCGAUUCCGAUGCCUUUUGUCCGGGCGAAGGAAGCUGUUGUGUGACUGGAAACGGUUCGGAGGCACCGCCCGCCUCCAAGGCCCCGCCCACCAAGCCUGCGAUCAAACACGCCCCCAAACCAGCUGCCAAACCCGCUCGUCCCGUUUCGCCAGCUCCUCAGCCGCCAGCUUCGAGCUCCGGCGGCGGAGGAGGUGGUGGUGACCUGCUCUCCCAGAUCAUCUCCUUUGCCGAGAGCACUCUGAACUCCCCGGCUCCUCCACCUCCGCCGCCCCAGGCUCCGGUUCAAGUGCCCCGCUGCCCUGGAUUCUGUCUGCUCAACAUUAUGGCCGCCUUCUGCGAGAGGCCCUCGAUCCUGGUCUCCACACCCACCACUUGCGCCAAGGGAUCCGUCUGCUGCGACAACUCCAGAGCCGGAGCGCCCAAGCCCAAGCUGCCACCGCCCACGCCCUCGCCCACGGCCCCGCCCACCGCUCCGCCCUAUGUGCUGCCCAACACCCCGAGUCCCGAUCCCAGGGAGGAGUGCCCCGGAUCCUGCAUCGUCAGCCUGCUCAGCUUCACCUGCUUCAAAAACGCCGAGAUGACUGACAUGUUCCGCUGCAAGCGCUCCGGCCAGAUUUGCUGUGCUCCCAAGAGCAAGAUCCUGGAGAAGCAACAGUUCCAGACGCGCAACGACACCGCCUACUAUCCUGCACCACCCCCACCGCCCCUCGGUCCACCGCAGGCCUAUCCUCCCCAGACACCGCCCUACUCCUACAUGAACAACCAACAGCCCCAAGGACCUCCGCCCCAGAUGCCUCCUCCUCACCACACCAAUCCCUACCAGCCACCACCUCCGGCUCCCAACUACGCGGAUUACUAUCCAGUUUCUGGACCGGGACUUUCAGCGGGAUUGCCUCCACAGCCCCAGCCACCCAUUACCACGCCACCCACCACGACCACCACUUCGACGACUCCAAGGCCACAUGUCUACUCCAAGUACGUGUGCGGUGUCAAGGGAACUCUGCGAACAGGAAGGUCCCAAGCUCUCUCCCUAAUUUCCUAUGCCCGUGCCAAGUACGGAGUGCAGCGAACAGCCCGGCAGAUGACAUCCUCCGCCGGAUACUCCACCAACUUCAACAAGUCCAACGAGCGAUUGGUCCUCGGCUCCGCCAUUGUGCCCAUCCAAAUCCACAACGACAAGCUGGGUGAUUUGGUGGAGUCCAGCAGUUUGCAGAGCAACCAACUGCGCUCGUACCACAACCACCAGGAGGAGGUGGUGCAGCCGGAGCUGGUUUACCCGGACUACUAUCAGCAGAGAUCACUGUACGGUCUGCAGUCGAACUUCAGCGGAAGGCGGAGGGCGCGAGUGGUGGGCGGCGAGGAUGGGGAGAACGGCGAGUGGUGCUGGCAGGUGGCUCUUAUCAACUCCUUGAACCAAUACCUCUGUGGAGCGGCUCUCAUUGGCACCCAGUGGGUCCUCACGGCUGCCCAUUGUGUCACCAACAUUGUUCGAUCAGGAGACGCCAUCUACGUCCGCGUGGGCGACUACGACCUUACCCGCAAGUACGGAAGUCCAGGAGCCCAAACCCUUCGAGUUGCCACCACGUACAUCCAUCACAACCACAACAGCCAGACUUUGGACAACGACAUUGCCCUGCUGAAGCUCCAUGGUCAAGCGGAGCUGCGGGAUGGAGUUUGUUUAGUGUGUCUUCCGGCCAGAGGAGUCAGCCAUGCGGCGGGCAAGCGGUGCACAGUGACUGGAUACGGAUACAUGGGAGAAGCUGGUCCGAUUCCCCUGCGAGUUCGUGAGGCGGAGAUUCCGAUUGUGAGCGACACGGAGUGCAUCCGGAAGGUGAACGCCGUGACGGAGAAGAUCUUCAUCCUGCCGGCGUCCAGUUUCUGUGCCGGCGGAGAAGAGGGACACGACGCCUGCCAGGGAGAUGGAGGUGGUCCCUUGGUGUGCCAGGAUGAUGGCUUCUACGAGCUAGCUGGCCUCGUGUCCUGGGGCUUCGGCUGCGGUCGACAGGAUGUACCCGGCGUCUAUGUGAAGACGUCCUCGUUCAUCGGCUGGAUCAACCAGAUCAUCAGCGUGAAUAACUUAUAGUGAGGCAUCUCGCAUAGGACACAGACACCAUGUGCGGGAGGAACCCCGCUCUUGUGGCAAUUUGCUGGACCCAAAAGAAUCAGGAUUCCCGGAAUAGCCUACGAUUGUUUGAAAAGGGGUUCCCGCUCUUCGACUGCUAACGUAAACCCAUCCUAGUGUAAUCUAUUCAUACCUAACCUAACUCUAAUUUGCUAACGACUCGAAACCCAGAAAGCAACUAUAUUAACUAUUACGAUUAUCGGUAGCGUAGAACGGCAAUCUUUAAAAGUAUUCCCCUAUUUGAUAACGCCCUAUGGUAAACUGUUUUUGUAUAUACAAAAUAAAUACAAAAAAUCUUCAGUUAUUUUA